AUGCCUGAAAAAAGCCCUACCGAGGGCAUCAUGCCUGAAAAGGGCCCUGCCGAGGGCAUCAGCUCGAGCAGCAGCUCCGUGAACAAACGCGACGAUGUCGACAAUGCAUGGGAGUUCCUCAAGAACCACCAAGACGCGGUCGGCACCGACACGAACUCUGUGGACAUCAAUGCCCUGAGGCGCAAGAUCGACUGGCAUAUUGUGCCAUUGAUGUUCGCAUGCUAUUUGAUGCAGUUCCUCGACAAAGUAAUUCUCAAUUACGCUGCCGUCAUGGGUCUCAAGAAGGACCUGAAUCUGCAGGGAAAUGACUUUUCCAACAUCGCCACCUUCCUAUUUGUUGGGCUCCUCUGCUUUGAGGUCGUCAAUGUCUACUUCCUCCAGAUUGCACCUGCUGUUAAGUGGUUGGGCGCAAAUGUGAUUCUGUGGGGUGUUGCUACGGCUUCUGGUGCUGCCGCCCAUGACUACCAGACCCUUCUCGUAUCACGCGUCUUUCUCGGCAUAUUCGAGGCUACAAUCAGCCCAUCCCUGAUGCUCAUCAGUAGCCAGUGGUACACCAAGUCGGAGCAGGCGCCUCGCUUCUCGUUCUGGUACACCGGUUUAGGCAUCGGCCAGAUCCUUGGAGGUGCCAUUUCUUAUGGGUUCCAACACGCUCAGGGAGCCACUCUGGCCGGCUGGCGCAUCAUGUUCGUCACACUCGGGUGCCUGACUGUUGUUAUCGGCAUCUGUACUGCAUUUCUGAUCCCGGAUACACCCAUGCAAGCUAGCUGGCUGUCCGAUACCGAGAAGGUUGCAUUGCUGAAGCAUGUCAGUGUGAACCAGACUGGCAUCCGGAACCAGAAGUUUCGUCCCAAAGAAAUUCUGGAGGCCCUCUGUGACCCGCAAUUGUACCUUAUGCUACUCUCUGUUGUCUUGCUAUCUGUAUCGAGUGGUGUUGUUACGACAUAUUCCUCCACCCUCAUCCUGAACCUAGGCUAUGACUCGAAGCGUGCUGCUCUCAUGAACAUGCCAUCAGGGGUUAUUAGCAUAUUCUUCACGCUUCUUGUCGGCUUCGGUGUACGCAAAAGUUCUCACCGAUGGGCAUGGUCCAUUGGGUGUAUCAUCCCAGCCAUUAUUGGUGGUGCGCUCAUGUCAUUCCUGCCCAUUAAUAACAAAAAGGGCAUUCUGGCUGGAAUAUACCUUGUAAAUGCGGUUGUGGCCCCUCUUGCCAUCUUCUACAACUGGACUGCAGCCAACUUUGGCGGUGCUACGAAGCGUGCUUUCGCAGCCGCCAUCGUAAGUGGCAGCUUCAGUUUGGGUAAUAUAAUCGGCCCCCAGACUUUUCAGGCUCGCGAUGCUCCCGAGUUCCGCCCUGCAAAGUUGGCCGUCAUGGGAACCCAGGCUGGGUGCGCUGUUACUACAUUUUGCCUCUUUCUCUACUACGCUUGGCAGAAUAAGAAGCGAGGAAACCGAAAGGCCCAGUCAGAGGAUGAGUACAUGUCUCCCGAGGCGUGGUCUACGAUGACAGACAAGGAGAACAAGCAAUUUAGGUAUACAUACUAG